AUGAUUGUGGCAUUGCCUCAGUGGCGCCAAUAUGCCUCUUUGUGCCGUUUCGCCUCUGUCACUUUGCUGGCUUGUUUGAAAGAACCACUCGUCCUUCCAGCGACAGGUAUUCUGACCAUGUUGGAUCCCGUACGGGCGAAAUUCAACUCUGCUGGUCUUCUUCAAUUUGACUUUCUUCAUGGUGAUUUCAUCCGUUGGUUGGGUGGAGAAUAUGUAAAUUCCGCUCAUGACUUCAAUGCCGAAUGGGAUGUCAUCGACUCCACAUUGCAUAAUCGCGAAGUUCCUGCUGAAUAUCCUCCACUAAAACUGGAAAUGGCUUACCGUAUCCAGACCGAGGGCGUUCCUAUCAAGGCCCAAUAA